UGCCCGUAAUCUUUCUAUCGAGCCUCCAUCAUGACUGAUAGCGACAACAACUCCACGCCUGACGUUCGCGGGCUUCUCCCACGACUUCAGAUAUGGAGAAAAUCACCGACAAGCUUGCUGCCUUGCCCAAGGAUGGCACAUACUUUUCUCUAGAGUUCUUUCCGCCCAAAACCCAGAUGGGGUUCGCCAACCUGCAGGACCGUCUUCAUCGGAUGGCAAAUGCCCUACAUCCACUCUUCGUGAAUGUGACUUGGGGAGCUGGCGGCAGCACCGCCUCCAAAUCGCUCGAGCUCGCCGAGUUGACCCAACGACAAUUAGGUCUGACCACAUGUCUCCACCUUACCUGCACAAAUUCGAGCCGCGAAUUGAUUGACAAGACGUUGGAGCAGGCGAAGGCUCUCGGUAUCAGAAACAUACUGGCGCUGCGUGGAGAUCCGCCGAGGAGUGAAGAAUACCGCGACGAUGACCAGAAAGAGGACGAUGAUUCGAACAAGGACUUCACAUGGGCUGUCGAUCUUGUCAGAUACAUUCGCAAACAGUAUGGCGAUUACUUUUGCAUCGGUGUGGCCGGAUACCCUGAAGGCCAUUCCGACGAGAGCCACCCCGAACAUCAAGACCCCAAGAACGAUCUGCCCUACCUCGUAGAAAAGACUAAAGCCGGCGCAGACUUUAUCAUGACACAGUUGUUCUUUGACACAAAAGCUUGGGAUGACUAUGAAGACAUGCUGCGGAAGCAUGAAUCGGGAGUGUUCAAGAACAUCCCCAUCAUACCUGGCCUCAUGCCCGUGCAAAGCUACCAGAUCCUCCGCAGAAUCACAAAACUCAGUCAUGCCAAGAUACCGACAGACACUAUGGCUCGCCUCGAUGCUGUCAAGGGCGAUGAUGAGGCUGUAAAGCAAGUUGGUGUCGAUAUCAUCUGUGAGAUCGUGGAACAUCUGAAGACUUUGGGUGGCCCAACACCAAGGGGGUUUCAUUUUUAUACUCUCAAUCUAGAGAGGUCGGUGACUCAAAUCGUGGAAAGAUGUGAUCUUAUCGCUGAGGUUGCUGAGAUCAUAAAAGAGUUGAAUGGUGACACAGGUGCAGUGGUCAACGGUGAUACCAAUGGAACCGCACCACCAGGUGUUGUCCUCACAAAGGAUCGGAGGAGGUUGUCCUCGACAGCGAACUCAACACCUCGCAACCGAUUAGUCGUUGAAAGGCCGUCAAGCUCCAGUCUCGCGAGCUACGAAGCUCUCGACGGUGAGGCCGGCGUGCCAAAAGACAAAAUCAACACAAGAGCAAAUGCUUUAGCCAUCUCAGAAGGCAAAGAUGCGAACUGGGACGACUACCCAAACGGCAGAUGGGGUGAUGCUCGUUCACCUGCCUACGGUGAAAUCGAUGGCUACGGUCCCUCUUUACAUGUCACCCGCUCUCAAGCCCUCAAAUACUGGUCUCAUCCUGUCACAAAAGAUGACAUCUCGUCCCUCUUCCGCGAUCACCUCUCUGGCACCCUUGAAGCCCUUCCUUGGAGCGAAGAUGCUCUCAGUCCUGAAACCGCCACCAUUCGAAAUCAACUCCUCCGUCUCAACGCAAAAGGCUGGUGGACUGUCGCAUCGCAGCCUGCCGUCAACGGUUUGCGCAGUACAGAUUCAAUUUUCGGCUGGGGUCCGAGAUCAGGUUUCGUAUAUCAGAAGCCAUUUGUCGAAUUCUUCCUUCCAGCGGCAGACUGGGCGAAGCUACAGCCGCGACUAGACGAUGCGAGCGAAACUAUAACAUACUUCGCCGGAAACCGGGCUGGUGGAUGGGCGGCGACGGAUACAGGUUUCGUCACAGCGGUCACAUGGGGUGCGUUUCACAGCAAGGAGAUUGUGAGUCCGACUAUCAUCGAAGCGGAGAGUUUUCGCGCGUGGAGAGAGGAGGCCUUCCAGAUCUGGGACGAGUGGCAGCGCAUAUAUCCACCUCGGAGCGCAUCUAGUGUGCUGCUUGAUGGCGUGAAAAAUGACGUUUGGUUGGUGAAUGUCAUUAGCCAUGCGUAUGUUGAAAAGGAGGCGCUGUGGGAGUUUCUAGCGCAAGACUGAGCUAUCAGAAGGGGAUCAGGAGUACGACGGAGGUCUAGGCAAAGACUGGAACAUAGGUAGUGUCGUAGUCAAGGAUGGCGUCUGUGAAUCGGCGUUUUGAUCUGUAGUACAAAAAUCAACGGCGUCGGUUCUUGAUCAAAGUGCAAUAUUUUUAUCCAUUGAUGACACCAAACUCCUGUCGGUAAGUUUAUCGUCGAACGUCAGCCAUUCAUGUCCAACACCGUAAACCCCAGUCUUUGGCCCUGGGGUCGAAACAACGUGUCUAUCUUUAGUUCGCAAGGAGUUUAUAAGAAUUUUCAUUCUUCUCCUUGUUAUUACGUUUAGGCUUGCACGUCUUGCUGUCUUGACUUUGAAAGCGAUGAUGAUACAAAUAUAUCUAGUAGUCGGGGACAUGCUGUCAAAGAAAAGGAGGGUAUCAUAUUGCAGUCU